CGAUAUGAUAAAAUUUAAAAAAUAUUUUUAAAAAUUUGAUAAAUCAUUUAUAAUAUUGAAAAAUGAAUUAUAAUAUUUAAUGAAGAUUUUUCCAAAAACACUUUUGUAGAAAAUAAUUCCAUUAAAAACACUCUGGAGGAAAUAUAUUACCAAAAACACUUUUAUAUACAGAUUUUUAGAUUGUAUCCAUUUUUAAAAAGGCUUCAUUGUUUGGUCCAUCGACCCUCACCCACAUCCUCUUCACUUUGUGAUCUUCUUGGUGACGAGAUCUUCAAUGGUCAUGGUGAUAACAAAUUAACAGUAAAUAACCAAUGUUUUCAAGCAUGUUUUCAUUAUUUUCCUAUUCGAACAUAAUUUUUAAAAACUAUUCAUAUGAAAAUAUAUCAAACAAGUUUUUCGAAUCUUUAAAAUUUAGUAAAUAUAAUUUCCUUUUUUGGAUUAAUAAACGGUUUUCAAAAAUUAAUUUUGGAUUGACUACCAAACAGGACGUUAUAUUUUUCCUCAAACUAGAUGUGGGAUGCAAAUUUUUAUUCCUUUUAAAAAUUUCAUAAUUAUUUUUGUUUAUAUUAUUAAUUUAUAAAUUAGGGUAAAAUCAUGGUUUUCCCGCCAACCCACUAUUUUCAAAAUUCGGUAACUAAGCCGUUAUCAGAUUGUCAUCUGCAAACAGCAAGAAGAUGAGCAGAGUGUGCAGGGAGGCGGAGCGGCGAAUCCUCCGCCACCUCCACGGCCGGAAAACCCGAACCCAACUUCCCCAAAUCCACGCCCACAUCCUCCGCCACCACCUCCACCAAUCCAACCAAAUCCUCUCCCACUUCAUCUCUGUGUGUGGCGCCUUGGACAAGAUGGGAUAUGCCAAUCUCGUCUUUCACCAAACCCAGAACCCCAACCUCCUCCUCUUCAAUUCCAUGAUCAAAGGCUAUUCCCUUUGUGGGCCGUCUGAAAACUCACUCCUUUUAUUUUCCCAAAUGAAAAACCGCGGAAUAUGGCCCGAUGAAUUCACCUUCGCUCCUUUGCUGAAGUCGUGUUCGGGUAUUUGUGAUAACAGAAUUGGGAAAGGAGUUCAUGGGGUGGUGAUUGUUGUUGGGUUUGAACGUUUCAGUUCGAUAAGGAUUGGGAUCAUAGAUUUGUACACGAGUUGCGGGAGAAUGGAGGAUGCGAAGAAGGUGUUUGAUGAAAUGCUUGAUAGAGAUGUGAUUGUUUGGAAUAUGAUGAUUCGUGGGUUUUGUAAAGUGGGUGAUAUCGAGAUGGGGUUUCGUCUCUUUAGGCAGAUGAGGGACCGGAGUGUAGUUUCUUGGAACUCCAUGAUCGCUGGUUUAGAACAAAGUGGCCGUGAUGGUGAAGCCUUGGAGCUUUUCCGUGAAAUGUGGGAUCAUGGUUUUGAGCCGGAUGAUGCAACCGUGGUCACAAUUCUGCCUGUUUGUGCUCGUUUGGGGGCUGUCGAUGUCGGGGAAUGGAUCCAUUCUUAUGCUGAAUCAAGCCGACUUUUGCGAGAUUUCAUCUCUGUGGGAAAUUCGUUAGUCGACUUUUACUGCAAAUGUGGAAUUUUGGAAACUGCUUGGAGGGUUUUCAAUGAAAUGCCCCAGAAAAAUGUGGUUUCUUGGAAUGCCAUGAUAUCGGGUCUGACCUUCAAUGGAAAGGGUGAGCUUGGAGCAGACUUGUUCGAGGAGAUGAUAAACAAAGGUGUGAGACCUAAUGAUGCUACAUUUGUUGGGGUUUUAUCAUGUUGUGCUCAUGCUGGUUUGGUUGAAAGAGGUCGGAAUUUGUUUACUUCAAUGACAGUAGAUCAUAAAAUGGAGCCAAAACUUGAGCAUUUUGGAUGCAUGGUUGAUCUUCUAGCACGUAAUGGAUGCAUGGAGGAGGCUCGUGAUUUGGUUAGAACCAUGCCGAUGAGGCCAAAUGCUGUCUUAUGGGGUUCAUUGCUCAGUGCUUAUCGUACUAUUGGCGACGUAAAGCAUGCAGAAUGUGCAGUCAAGGAGCUUAUUGAGCUUGAACCAUGGAAUUCGGGAAAUUAUGUGUUGUUGUCAAAUGUAUAUGCAGAAGACGGGAAAUGGGAUGAAGUUGAGAAGGUAAGAGCAUUGAUGAAAGAAAAAAAUAUCAGGAAAAAUCCCGGACAGAGCAUGGUGUUAGGAUAGAGCCCUGAAAACCCCACAGUAAUCCAAACAUAGAAGCUCAUAAAAAUGCAGAACCCUGAGCUUUUCUUCUAUGCUGGUGUAGUAUGUGUUCCAUCUUCUCAUAUCAAUAACAAACAAAACCCGAAAACAAUCCAACCAUACAAGCUCAUACAAAUGGAGAUCCUUGGAGCAGGGCUUGGUUUUCAGACGAGAGGGAAAGUCUUGUUUAGCAUACAAACAAUUGAGUACGUAAAUUGGAGCAUUCAGUGGAAAAAAUAUGGGGAAAAACCAUGGACAGAGAAUGGUUGGCUAAGUGGACAAGACUAAUUUAAGUACUUGUUCUUGGUGAAACGUUGAGCUCUGGUAUUGAAAGAGUAAUGCAAAGAAGAACCUGUAAUUUUGAUCGAGUUGCAGUAGUACAAGGUGUUUCUGUUCUUUCUCAUUGUCCCCAGAAAAAUCUGUUGUCUUGUCGUAUUCCGAAUUUGAUUCAUACAUUUCUGAGCACAAGAUUUCUAGUUUUCUUCAUUGGAAAGCCAAGACCCAGUUCAACUUCCGUGAAGUCCAUUCAUCAUCUCAUUAAAUUUCAUCAGAUGGGGUUUAGAAAUACUAGAAAUCAUUCUGUUUUUUGUUUUGUAUUCCUAUAUGGGAAGUUUUUGUUGGGUCGCAGAGAGAGAGAGAGCAGAUGGGGUAGUUGAAGUUUCAAGGUGGAAUUUGCAUUCAUUUCUUGGUGAAUUGGGAUCAUGGAAAGACAUUUAUUCACAUUGUAAUUAUUCUCUACCUUAACCAGAAUACAAUUAGGCUUUCACGCUUUUAUAAAUACUUGAUAUCUUACUUCCAUCUCAUAUCCAACCCAUAAUAUCUAUAAAGGUUUCAGCUAUUAACAAGAGAAGAUGGAGAGGAAACCUUGCUGUUCUUCAAUGAACUAUGGCUGCCAGACCACUGUGGUGACCCAAAAAAAGGAAGAUGAGAAACCUCAAGUCCCAAAGAAAGAAGAUGCUGAACCUGCAAAGGGGACUUGUGGAACUGGUCUGAUGAAGUCUCCUAAGAUUGAGGAGAAGCUUAGUGUUCCUGUGAAGAAGGAAGAAUCUGUGAAGGUUAAUGUUGGGUCUGGCUGUUGCGGAUUCAAGUGAAGAGUGCCUUGAAGAUUUGAAUAAUGGUUGAAGUCUAGGUUGUUUUUUGCUUUCUGCUCUGUUUUAGCUCUGGUACUUAAUAGUUAUGAAUAUGAAAUAUCAAGGGUUUUAAGCUCUGUUAA